GUGUCAGGUGUGUGAUUGGGUGUUAUUGCCGGUAACCAGGCAGGGACGGACCUUGUCUCCUGGGAAUGUGGGGGGAGCAACUCGAGCACAACUCGAAAGGACACACACACACACACACAUUCGCGAAACGCUCUGCCUCAACCCGACGGGUCUCCAGCUCACUGAACGCAGCCUCCCUGCCAGGAUAUAACAAGGCAACAACCAAAUUUAGCUCUAAAUUAGCAGACGCUGCUGUUGCUGCUGCUGCUGUUCCUGCUGUGGCUGAUGAUGGCGCCAAUGGAAAUCGCUUCUGAUCACUGCAGCAUUCUGGAUAUAUUGUAAUGAUUUUGAAGGUUUACUUCUUCACCAUAAGGACUACAGACUGAACUGCCUCGAAGGAGCUUAAUCUGUGGUGGUGAUACAGACGGACUACAGAGAAACAGGCUAUUAUGCUUCAGCUUGAAGGGAAAAAAUGCAGCUUCGUGUUUUGCCUGGGGAUGAGUAUUACUGUCUGUUCAUUCAUUUAUCUGAGGACUAGGACGCCUACUGGGACAAAGCACCUAAAAUCUCCAAGCAGACCCAUCUCCUCUGAAUGUAAAGCUUUUCUGCCUGGCGCAGAGAAAGGAGUAGAAUGGAACCAGCUUGACUGCCAGGUGGAGAGCUAUAUUCACAAUAGCCGCAUGCCAUGUUCCAUUUUGACCAGAGAUCUACACUUCAUCACAAGACCUCUGAGUCGUGAAGAGGAGGACUACCCUUUAGCUUUCAUUGUCACUGUUCACAAAGAGCUGGAGCUUUUUGUGCGACUCUUGCGAGCCAUUUACAUGCCUCAAAAUGUCUACUGCGUUCAUGUGGAUGCCAAAGCACCACGGGAGUAUCAAGCAGCCGUACGGAAGCUGGUCAGCUGCUUUCAAAAUAUAUUCCUCUCCAGUCGCAGUGAGACUGUGACUUACGCUGGGUUUUCUCGCUUGCAAGCGGAUUUGAACUGCAUGGAGGACCUAGCAAAGUCCAAGAUAGGCUGGAGAAAGGUGGUAAAUCUGUGUGGACAAGAUUUCCCUGUCAAAAGCAACCUGGAACUGGUGCAGUACAUGCAAACCAAAGAGUGGAGGGACAGAAACAUGACGCCUGGGAUCAAACAGCCAGUGUCCAUGAGCCACAGGACACAAAUUCAGCACAAGGAGAUCGUAGGGUCACAUGUGGCACCAAAAGGGCCAGGAAUGAAGAAAGGUCCUCCUCCACACAAUCUGGAAAUCUAUUUUGGAACAGCCUACUAUGCCCUCACAAGGCCUUUUGUAGACUUUGUUCUGAAAAGUCCAGUAGCCCACGACUUACUGGAGUGGUCCAAAGACACGUUCAGUCCAGACGAGCACUACUGGGUGACACUCAAUCACAUUGCAGAUGCUCCAGGCAGCCACAUAGACGGCGGUUGGGCAGGAGCUAUCCGGUCAAUCAAGUGGAGGGAUCAACAGGGAAAGGUACACGAUGGCUGCAAAGGUCAUUAUGUACGAGACAUCUGUGUCUAUGCAAUAGGAGACCUGCCGUGGAUCAUCAAUAGGAACACCAUGUUUGCCAAUAAGUUUGAGAGUAACACCCAUCCUGAGGCACUAGACUGUUUGGAGCAGUGGCACAGGAACAAAGUGCUGGACCAGGCAACUGUUCCUAUAGAACCGUCAUGGCUGCUGGCCACACAGAGCAACAUGACCAGCAGACGCUACAGCAACAGCAGUGCUGGUGCAUGAAAUUGCUGUUGAUACUGUGAACAAAAGUCCUUAUACAUGCAGUACAGAUUUGUUCCACUCCUUCUCUGGUGUCCAUGUCAAAAUGUGAAUAAGAGAGAACUUAAGUGAGAACGAGAGGAUAAUUUCAGCAGGCACUUACAAGACUAGUUCAGCUACUCUUCCCACAAAUGUGUUUAUUUAUUUAUGAGACUCUAAAAUGAGAAUUUUUUUUAUGAUAAAUGUGAGACAGAGUAUAUACCAGUGGACCAUCAUUGUCAUUUGAGACAACUACUGCACCAAGUAUUUAAAAAGAAAAUUAUGAAAUGAAUAUUUCUAUUGAUUUAAUAUGUUUCAGUAAAUUGUACAGGUAGAAAAAGAAAUAAAACUAUUGUCUGUUCUUAUUAAAUAAUGUGUAAACAAAUAAAGGAAUAUCA